AGUAAAUUAUUUUCAAAUCUCAUUACCUUGAGAUUUAUAGUAAUUAUAGAAAUUGUCAAGAAAUGCAUAUAGUCAUCUUCAAUUGAAUAUUCAUAUGCGUAAAUAGAGGAAUUUACGUACUCCUAUAAAUGUACUGAGGGGAAUAAUGCGUACAUAAUUAUCGAUAGGCGGAUUAUUGGACGGAGCAUUAAGAAAAUCCCCCCACCAUAGGUGAUAAUCCAUAGCAGCCCACCAUCAUGCGAAACAUCUCAACACUUACAACUCCAGGCCAUUGCGUCCGCAGAAAAUAACUCAACAUUUCUCUUCUUCUUUUCCCCUAAAUCCCCUCAUCUUACCAAAUAGACUCGCAUUGUUAAUAGAGAAGAUAUCAAAAGAAUUAGGAAAUUAAGAAUGACUACACCAAAGCAGAAGGCCUGUUUGAUCGUGAUUGACGGCUGGGGCAUCCCCUCCGCCGAGUCUCCCAAGAAUGGAGACGCCAUCGCUGCCGCCAAGACCCCCGUCAUGGACGAGCUGUCCAAGAGCGCUACCGGAUUCACCGAACUAGAAGCCUCUUCUCUCGCUGUUGGUCUUCCCGAGGGUCUAAUGGGCAACUCCGAAGUCGGUCACUUGAACAUCGGUGCUGGAAGAGUCGUAUGGCAAGAUGUCGUCCGAAUCGACCUAACCAUCAAGAAGGGAGAAUUGGCCGGCAACAAGGUUAUCAAGAAUGUUUUAGACAGAGCUAAGAAUGGCUCUGGUAGACUUCACCUCUGUGGUCUCGUCUCUCACGGCGGUGUUCACUCCAAACAAACCCACCUUUACGCUCUCCUAAAGGCUGCCAAGGCUGCCGGAGUUCCCAAGGUCUACAUCCACUUCUUUGGCGACGGCCGUGACACCGAUCCCAAGUCCGGAGCUGGCUAUAUGCAGGAGCUUGUCGAAACAGCAAAGGAAAUUGGCAUUGGUGAGAUUGCUACCGUUGUUGGUCGAUACUAUGCUAUGGACCGAGAUAAGCGCUGGGAGAGAGUUGAGCUUGCUUUGAAGGGUAUGAUUCUCGGCGAGGGAGAAGAGAGCUCUGACCCAGUCAAGACCGUCAAAGAACGUUAUGAGAAGGGCGAGAAUGAUGAAUUCCUCAAGCCCAUUAUCGUCGGUGGCCAAGAAGCUCGCAUUAAGGAUGGUGACGAGGUUUUCUUCUUCAACUACCGAUCGGACCGUGUUCGACAAAUAACCCAAUUGCUCGGAGGUGUUGACCGUUCCCCCAGGCCCGACUUCCCCUACCCCAAGAUUAACUUGGUCACCAUGACGCAAUACAAGGCAGACUACCCCUUCGAGAUUGCCUUCGAACCUCAACGUAUGGACAAUGUUUUGGCUGAAUGGCUGGGCAAACAAGGUGUCAAGCAAGUCCACAUAGCCGAGACGGAGAAGUACGCCCACGUCACUUUCUUCUUCAACGGCGGUGUUGAGAAGGUCUUUGCUUUGGAGACCCGAGACGAGAGCCAAGAUCUGGUGCCUUCCAACAAGAGCGUUCCGACCUACGACAAGGCCCCUGAGAUGAGCGCGGCUGGUGUUGCGAAGCAGGUUGCUAAGCGACUGAGCGAGCAGCAGUUCCCGUUCGUAAUGAACAACUUCGCUCCUCCAGAUAUGGUUGGCCACACUGGCGUGUACGAGGCGGCCAUCAUCGGAUGCGAGGCUACCGACAAGGCUAUUGGCGUGAUCCGUGAUGCUUGUAAGAAGGAGGGUUACAUCCUUUUCAUCACCGCUGAUCACGGAAACGCCGAGGAGAUGAAAUUCCCCGACGGCAAGCCCAAGACUUCUCACACCACCAACAAGGUUCCAUUCAUCAUGGACAACGCGCCCAAGGGUUGGUCGUUGAAGAAGACCGACGGUGUUCUGGGAGAUGUUGCUCCCACUAUCCUGACCGCUAUGGGUCUUCCUGUCCCUGAGGACAUGACUGGAUCUAGUCUCUUGAUUGUUGAAUAAAUCGCAUGAGUUUCUUAAGAGUCAUAGUUGGGGCAUAGGGUAGGUAUGUGGGGAGUUGGUAGAAUUAGAGAUGGUUUGGGAGGCGUAGAGAUACCAGUAGUAUAAAAUAACAAUAAACACGGCUAUUAUAAUGGACUUAUCUGUUUUCUUGUUUUUAGGCUCAUAAUUAUAGAAAUUAGGUCCUCGUACUAAUGAGCAGAGUGUUAAGACUUCGAGGUUAACUUAGUAAUAAGCUGGUUUAGAC